GGCUCCUGCCCGGCCCCGGGCGCCCCUGCCGGGCAGCGGCUCCGGGGCCGCGGGCAGGAGCUGGACACGGAGCUGGGCCGGGCCCAGGGCAGCCUGAGCAGCGCCAGGGACACAACCCAGGCGCUGCGCCGGGCCCUGCAGGAGCUGCAGGCGCAGCUGCAGCAGCUGGAGCAGAACCAGGAGGAGGAGGAUGAGCACAGCCUUCCUCCCGACGUGUACGUGGCCCAGCUGUACUACGAGAUCAGCCGGAUCGACUGGGACUGCAGCGCCGAGCCCGGGCGCAUCCGAGGGGUUCACUACGGCCCUGACAUCGCCGUGCCCCUGGACCUGGACGGGGCUCAGCACUCGGGGACGUUCGUCAGCGACUUCCUCUGGGGGCUGGUGCCCACCGAGUGGCGACCCCGGAGACCCCCGGUGCUGCCCAGGGAGCCGCUGGCACCGUGACCCCCUCACUGUUACCCAGGGCGUGAGACCCCUCCCCAUUA